ACUGAUUUCUUUUUAUUAUAUUUUUAUAUGCUAUUUAACAGUCGUUAUCUUCCUGUUGAAAGACUUUAAAUGUGAUGUGUUGGUGGUUUGCAUAAAUCUGUAUUAAUAUAUACAUUGUUUAUAAAUCUAUAGAUAUUAAAAAAGUAAUAUUAGCAAGUAGAGAACAAUUAAAAAAAAUGAAAAUAUAUUUUAAACAAAUACUCUUAAGAUGCAGCGAAUCUCAGUAAAAAUCGAAAACGAUUCUGAGAAAUCCGAUGUAUGUUCAAUUUCAAAUGAGCUAAGAGAUACAUUUUACUCAAACAGUAAGAAGGGUAAUGUCUUCCACGUACGCCUCAACUCAAAUGGAUUACUUUUGCAACGUGACACAUCAAGCGGAGGUCAUAAGGAUCAUUUAGUAAAUAUUUGCGAUAUAAUAGGUGGACGGUGUGUUUGGAUUCAGAAAUCUGCUAGUUUCGGAGCAGCUGGUACAUGUGGAUCGUGUACACCAAAUAUCACAGAAAAGCAUAAAAAUCGUGAUGAAAAUGAAGAUGCAUACCUUUAUGUCUUUGCCUAUAUUCUUAAAAAGAAUCUUAGGAAUGCUGUACGCCGUGAACGCACUGUCAUUACUUUACGAUUUCGUUCAUUCGACAGCCAUGAGGAUAACAUGCGAGAGGCUGAGAAAUGGUACAAGACACUGAAAUCUCACAGAAACAAUUAUUUGUUACUUAGUAAUCUAAGAGGAAAAGAUUUAUGCGGGAAGACAGCAAAAUCAAUAGAAACUAAGCGUCUACUUAUUUUGCUGAAUCCAAAGUCAGGUUCCGGAAAAGCACGUCAGCUAUUUAAUCACCAAGUGGUUCCUAUUCUCAAUGAGGCAGAAAUUCCAUAUGACCUUCAUGUUACGAAACAUUCUAAUUAUGCUUUUGACUUUGUACGUCAGAAAAAUUUGUCCAUUUGGAGUGGUAUUGUAGCUAUUGGGGGCGAUGGGUUAUUUCACGAAAUCUUAAAUGGCUUACUUAAACGAAGCGAUUGGAAUGAAAUUGUAAAUACUCUGGCGCUUGGUAUUGUCCCGUGUGGUUCGGGCAAUGGGUUAGCCCGUUCAAUAGCUCAUUGUUAUCAGGAACCAUACGAACCAAAACCAAUAAUUGGUGCAGCAUUGUCGCUUGUUGGCAGCCAAUCAUCGCUUAUGGAUGUUGUUGAAAUAGAAAUGAAUAAUAAAAUCGCAUAUUCAUUUCUAUCUAUUGGAUGGGGUCUAAUUUCUGACAUCGAUAUCGAAAGCGAACGUUUGCGGCCAUUAGGAUAUCAAAGAUUUACAAUUUGGACAUUACACCGUCUGAUAAAUUUGCGUACAUAUCGUGGUAGAAUAUCAUAUUUACCUAAAAUUUGUAGUUCUGAUCAAAAUACUCCAGAAACAGUAUCUAAAAUAAGUCUGCAGCACAGUAUGAGUUGCAACACACUUCCGCCACAAUGUCCUUUAAGAAAACAGUCUUUAUCAAAUGACGGAAGCGUAGAAUUUGAAGAUGUAAUAUCAUUGGAAACAGUAGCAAAUCAAUCUUUUCGUUCACGAUGUAAUAGUUUACUUUCUUCGGGGUCAAGGGUCAGCACGUACUAUUCCAUUGCCGAAAGUAUUUAUCACAGUAUAUCGGGUAAUACGGACUGCUGUGAAUCAAAUCAACAUGAAGAAUCCCAGGCCGAUUAUCGUGGAACUCGGCUUGGUCAAUUAGAAGAGAAAAUGUUGCCAGCACUACAAGAUCCAUUACCAAGUACAUGGAUAGUUGAGGAUGGUGAAUUUGUUAUGAUCCAUGCAGUUUAUCAAACACAUUUGGGUAGCGAUUGUUUCUUCUCACCACAUUCAAAACUAAACGAUGGUACAAUUUACCUUGUAAUGAUACGAGGUGGCAUAAGCAGAUCGCAAUUAUUUAAUUUUCUGAUUAACAUGAGCUCUGGCACUCAUUUACCCAAUCAAAAUACAGAGUAUAUUCUGGUAGAACGUGUAGUUGCCUUUCGUUUAGAACCACACGAUAAUAGUGGUAUUCUUACAGUAGAUGGCGAACGGAUGGAAUGUGGAUCGUUACAAGCAAGAAUAUUUCCAGGAACUAUCAACGUUAUGGUUCCCAACAAAAGGGCAUUUAAAGAUUGCUAGCCGGUAAAUUUAAUUUACGAGUGAUUAGAUACAUAUGUUGUGUACAUAAGCAAUUUAUUGGAUAUUUUGGCAUACGAUAUUUACUUACAUACAUAUGUAUGUGGUCACCUGAAUUGCAAAAGGACGAAUUUUGGAAAUUGCUAAUUUGUUGCUAUGGCCUUUUGAAGUUUUUUCUUUUAAACGUCAGAAAAAAACAUUUGUGAGAAUGGUUCGGUGCAAAACAUUUAAAAUUGACAUGUUUGUUAAACAUUUUCUGAAAACGUUGUAAGAUCUAAUAACUAUGUAUAUAUAGCUUAAAGUCCCUUUGCAUUUCCAGUGACUGAAUAUAUUAUAUUUAUUAAAAACGAAUCUCAUUGAUAUUUAGAAGAAUAUCUAUAAAUAUACAUACACAUAUGCAUUCAUAUGUACAUAGUUACGUUGUU